AUGCACGUGAUCAGUUUUCAUUUAGGCACCUUCCUGGCCACCACGACUGAGAAGAAUGAGGUUGUAAACAAGCACAAUACUCUGAGGAGAAAUGUUCAGCCUACUGCUGGCAACAUGAAGAAGAUGUCUGCUCCGAACAACGAGGCUGGAACCAAUGCUGAGAAAUGGGCCAAAACCUGCUCUAUGAGUUACAGCCCUGCCAGCACCUGUGGCUGUGGGGGAAAUCUGUAUAUGUCCCGGUUUAAGAACAGGUGGAGUAACAUAAUCCAGACCUGGUUCAACGAGGUGAAGGACUUCAGCCAUGGAGUGGGAUCUAUUAAUGGAGGAUGGGGCUACAACCACCCAAAUAUGGCCUCUUGGUGACCCGCCUCCUGCAAGUGCACCAAUCAGAUUAUAAUAAAUGGACUGGUUCUUAUAUAG